GUUGGAAACUGAAACUUGAAAGAGCACGGUCGGUGUAAUUACUGUAAAAAAUUGAUAUUCUGUUUAUACUCUAGUUACUGAUCUGAUCUAUAAUAAUCUUCAUGAAUAAAUGACCCUGUGCAUUUGAUGAUAUAUGCGGCACAUUUUUCAGCGUUGUUGGUGACGUUUCAUUGAAAUCAAACAACCAUGCCACUGGCUCACAACAGAACGGGUCCCCUGUUGAAGAAGCUGAGGGCGUUGAUGAGCAACAAUAAGUAUGUCCCUGAAACUAUUCAGGCCUACAUUGUGCCAUCAGGAGAUGCACAUCAAAGUGAGUACAUUGCGCCAUGUGACUGUAGACGAGCUUUCAUUUCUGGAUUCAAUGGAUCAGCUGGGACAGCGGUGAUUACAAGAGAGAAGGCGGCUCUUUGGACAGACGGCAGGUAUUUCUUACAGGCAGAAAAACAACUGGACGAAAACUGGGUUCUCAUGAAAGAUGGACAGCCAAGUACACCCACACAGGCAGACUGGCUCGCUAAGGAGUUACCUGUGGGUGGAAAGGUUGGUGUGGACCCCUGUCUGAUUUCUGCAGAAACAUGGAAACCAUUGAAGAAAAGUCUGCAGUCAACAGGUCACAGUAUCAUAGCCGUCCCCAACAAUCUGAUCGAUCUCGUCUGGGAGGAUCAACCCCCACCCCCACUGAAUCCUCUCCUCACACUGACAGAAAAAUACACAGGUAUAGGCUGGCAGGAAAAAAUCCAAAAAGUACGAGAGAAAAUGAAAGCCAAAAAUUGUGGAGCUCUGGUGAUCUCAGCCCUGGAUGAAAUAGCAUAUCUGUUUAACCUCCGUGGUUCGGACAUCGAGUACAAUCCCGUAUUUUUUGCCUACUCUGUGGUUACCAUGGACGACAUAUUUUUAUUUUUAGAUGAACAAAAAUUAGAUGCAGAAGUCAAGCAUCAUCUACAGCUGAAUGGAACCAGCAGUGCUGUACAGGUCAUGACCUAUGACAAGGUCGGAGAGGUCAUCAAAACUCUUGGGGACCAGGUGGAGGGGAAAUUCUGGAUCAGUCCCAAAUGCAGUGUGGCCCUAACACAUUGUGUAGAUAAGAGUCGACUGUUUGCCCAGACGUCCCCGGUCGCGGUGAUGAAGGCGGUGAAGAAUGACACUGAGAUUCAGGGAAUGAGGGUCGCUCACGUAAAGGAUGCUGUCACUUUAUGCGAGUAUUUUGCCUGGCUUGAGAAACAGAUUCCCACAGGGUCUGUGACUGAGGUGUCUGCUGCUGAAAAACUGGAAGAAAUUAAACAGGGACAAGAAGACUUCAUAAGUCUUAGUUUUGCCACCAUAUCUAGUACUGGUGCUAACGGUGCCAUCAUACAUUACAAACCGACAGAAGAAUCUGACACAGUCCUGAGUACAGAUGAAAUCUACCUGUGUGACUCUGGGGCCCAGUACAAAGAUGGCACCACAGAUGUAACCAGGACCGUACAUUUUGGAACACCUUCAGAUCAGGAAAAAGAAUGUUACACUAGAGUUUUAAAGGGACACAUUGCUUUAUCCUCCAUUGUCUUCCCGAAUGAAACCAAAGGCCACAUGUUAGAUACGCUGGCAAGAACGUCGUUGUGGGAGGUGGGUUUGGAUUACGCCCACGGAACGGGACAUGGCGUAGGGGCAUUUCUUAAUGUACAUGAAGGUCCCUGUGGAAUAAGUCCGCGAGUUUCAGCAUCUGAAAUUCCCCUGGAGUCUGGGAUGAUACUCUCUGAUGAGCCGGGGUACUAUGAAGAUGGAAAGUUUGGUGUCCGUAUCGAAAAUCUUGUCCUUGUUGUCAAAGCCAAGACCAAGCAUAAUUUUAGAAACAAAGGAUUUUUGACCUUCGAACCCUUGACCCUUGUCCCAAUGCAGAUGAAGAUGAUAGACCCAUCCCUUUUAACAGAGAAAGAGGAAAGCUGGCUGAAUGACUACCACACUCAGUGCAGAGAUGUUGUUGGAGCCGAACUAAAGAGGCAAGGAAAGAAGGAGGCAUAUGAUUGGCUGAUGAGGGAGACUCAGAGCAUUGGAUAAUACUACCUUCAGGAAAAGAAAGGGGACAUCUGACUGGCUAAUGAGGGAGACCUUAGCAUUGGAUAGUACAACUAUCAGGAUUACUUACAUUAGUGAUCUAGGUCAUUGAAAUUAUGGGCAGAAUUUGUGAUUUGACUUGUGAGAAUGUGAUGAAUUAUUUUGGUACUUAAGCACUCAACAUUCAUUUCUCAUGUUCAAUCUUCUACUCAUUUUGUCAAAUAGUCAAAUGAUAAAAUAUACGUAUACAAUAGCU